AUGCUCAAGUUUCUGCGCCAGAAUUUACCCUUUUGGCGGAGAGUGAACUCUGAGGAAGGGCAGCAGAGGAGGCUGAAAGUUCAAUCCAGUUUUUGGAUAAGCAGCUGUGGCAUUGUGAUUCAGAACUUCUAUUCUGCAGAUAUUUUAAACUCACAAACUAUGAUAGGUGAUGUGACAAGUUUCUCUGUUGACCAUGGCUGGAUCGAUGACUACAUCUUUUUCAGUACUGAUGUUGUGACUGGUAAUGAGCCUCUGAAACUUGGACAAAGAGUUAAAGCAGUUGUGGAAGAAGAUAAAACAUCACAUAGAUUAAAAGCAACCAAAGUGGAUGCUUUAGCUGAUAAUUUUGAUGACACUAGACUAUCAGGCCGCAGAAUCAAAAUUUUAAUUGGUUGUGUUACCCGUGUAAAGAAAAAUAUCAUCUACAUUGAUAAAAAUAAUUAUUUCCCUCUACAAACUGUUUCUGAAGAUUUUGUGCCUUAUGCGGGUGAUUGGAUAGAAGUUGGGUAUUCCAUGCAACCAGGCAAAUCAAAAAUCAGUGUGCACUUAGCGAAGCCCAUGAAGUGCAAGGUUGUGAAUGAGGUCCUCAUUACUUCUCUAGAGGGAAGACAUGGAAUGAUAGACUAUACCAUCUUUUUCACCUUGGAUUCACUGAAACUUCCUUCUGGAUAUGUGCCUCGACUGUAUGACACCGUGGACAUAGUCAUGGUGGAAAGCAGUCAGUUGUGCUCUGUUUGGAGAGCAAUUUCUAUGACCCCAGUACAAAGAUCAUCAUAA